AUUAUCCCACGUCGCUUGCAUCAAUCUUAAAGUAAUUUGUGUUCGAAGAACCAGUCCCAGGCUAGCACUCGCAUCGAAAGGUUGAUAAUCACGUCUCUUGAAUAAAAUGGGUUCGUUCACUAUCAUUUUGUCCAUCGCUGCCGUGGUGUUGAUGAUUUCAAGCUGUGAGGCUGCCGGCAACUGCCCCCUACCGUCCAAAGUGUACAGCUGCAGCCCGAAGUGCCUGCAGGACUACGAGUGCACCCACGGCAAGGUGUGCUGUAACAACGGCUGCAACGCCAAGUCCUGCACGGAGCCCGCGCCUUACGGAGGCGCCGGCGGCUCCGGGGGCUCCAACAAAUAUGGGAGUGGUAGCGGAACGUACUGCGACAACGUAAAGUGCAACUCGUUCGAGGUGUGCAAGAUGGACCCCGCCACCAAGCGCAUGAAGUGCAGCCGCCCAUAGACGACCGAUUAUUUUAAUAAUUAAAUAUAUUGUAUAAGUAAUUGUAA